AUGAAGCUGCUAUACCCAACCUCGAUAGAGCUGGACAUCCAAAGCCUGACGGGCUUCGCCGUCGAGCUGCACCCGUACAACGUCAAGAUCCCGAUCCCGGAGGAGCACAUCGACGCCGACAUCAUCGUCACCUGGAUCAACAGCAAGGAGAACCUCGAGGACGCGGCCCGGCGCAUGAAGAACCUCAAGUGGAUCCAGGCCCUGGCCGCGGGGCCCAACGACGUGCUCGAGGCCGGCUUCGACCGGUCGCGGACGACCAUCACGAUGGGCCUCGGCAUCCACGACCGCACCGUCGCCGAGCACACGCUCGCCCUGCUGCUGAGCGGCGUGCGCAAGCUCUACGAGAUGCGCGACGCGCAGCGCCGCGCCGAGUGGCCGGCGCACCUGGGCGGGCCGUACCCGCGGCGCGGGGAGCUGACCUCCCUGCGCGGCGCGCGCGUGCUGGUCUGGGGCUUCGGCGGGAUCGCGCGGGAGCUGGCGCCGCUGCUGGCGGCCCUCGGCGCGCGCGUCCGGGGCGUGGCCCGGACGCCCGGCGUGCGCCACGGCGUCGAGGUGCUCGGCGACGACAGGCUGCCGGAGCUGCUGCCGGAGACGGACGCGCUGGUCAUGAUCCUGCCCGGGUCGUCGAGCACGCGGCACGCGCUCGACGCCGAGCGCCUGGGCUUGCUGCCGCGGCACGCGUGGGUGGUCAACGUGGGCCGCGGGGUAUGCGUCGACGAGGGCGCGCUCGCGGACGCGCUGGAGCGGGGCCAGAUCGCCGGCGCGGCGCUGGACGUGUUCGAGACGGAGCCGCUGCCCGCGUCGAGCCGGCUGUGGAAGGCGCCGAACCUGCUCGUCUCUCCGCACGCGGCGGGCGGGCGGCCGGAGGGGUGCACCGACUUGAUCGCAGAGAACCUGCGGCUGUUCUUGGCGUCGCGGCCGCUCAAGUAUGCUGUCUAG